UUCAAGGACACUUCAUCAUCGUUUGAAUCGUUGGGAGAAGAUGGUAAUGAAGAAGGUGAAGGACGUGCUCAUCGUGGGCGGCGGGGUCAUGGGCUCUUCUGCCGCCUACCACUUGGCGAAGAAGGCGCCGCAUCUCAAGAUCACUGUGCUCGAGCGCUCUUUUGCGUACAAGCGCGCGUCGGCGGUGCUGUCUGCGGGAGGCAUCCGCAUGCAAUUCUCUGAGCGACCCAACAUCGAAAUGAGUCAAUACGGCAUCCACUUCCUCAAAAACGCGGGCGAAUUGCUCCACGUGCCCGGCCACGACGCCGUCGACGUCCAGUUCACGGAAGGCGGGUACCUCUUCUUGGCGAGCGGUCGCGGCGCCACCGUCCUCGACCAAAACCACGCCACGCAGCGGUACUAGUAGUACUAGUCGCACACAUCUUUCCUUCCUAUAUGCAUUCGAUCAACUACGUUAGAUCCGUGAAUGCCAAGGUAGCGCUCAUGACGCCAGCGGAACUCACCGGUCGCUUUCCAUGGCUCGACACUACAGGCAUUGCGCGCGGAUCGCUGGGGCUGCAGGAUGAGGGCUGGUUCGAUCCGUGGUCGUACCUGACAGGGCUAAAGCGGGCCAACUUGCACUUGGGCGUCGAGUACGUAGAAGGCACGGUGGUGGCGCCCAUGGCCAAAACGAAAGGGCACGAUCACGUCAUCAUCGAUCACGUCACGGUUGCCACGUCCCAAGGACAACUUGUCCAGUUUGCACCUGGCCACGUGGUCAACGCCGCGGGUGCGUGGGCCCAUGACGUGGCCGUCCUCGCGGGCGUCUCGGACCUUCCCGUGCGAGCCAGAAAGCGCACUGUAUUUGUAUUUCAUUGCCCUGAAGCAGCCACAUGGACAGGGACGAUGGCGUCGCCGCUUGUGAUCGAUCCCAGUGGCGUGUACUUUCGUCGAGAAGGCGCGGCGGGGCAGUUCAUCUGCGGGGUAUCCCCAGCUGCAGCCGACGACCACGACUGCGACGGGGAGGACCUGUUGCAGCCCGAUCACGCGCUGUUUGACGACGUGAUUUGGCCUACACUGGCGGCGCGCGUGCCAGCGUUCAACGAGCUUAAACUCGUGAAUGCCUGGGCUGGGUUCUAUGACUUUAACACGUUUGACCACAAUGCGAUUGUGGGGCGACACCCAGACGUGCCCAACUUGCUCUGCAUCAAUGGCUUCAGUGGCCACGGCCUCCAGCAGAGCCCCGCAGCCGGCCGGGCGAUCGCCGAGCUGAUCGUCGACGGCGGCUUUACAUCGUUGGACUUGACAUGCUUUGAAUUUGACCGCAUUCGAAACAACAAGCCGUACUUUGAGCAAAAUAUCGUGUAAUACAACCACGACUUUAUUACCUUCA